AUGAAAGAGAGAAAUGCUUAUGAAGCCCCGGAAAUUAUUGAUUCUAUUUGGCGGAAAAAACAGGAGUUAAACCAAAUUAAGCAAGAAAAACAAGACCAUACUUACAAAUAUAUUGCAGAACUCUCCGAGGCAGCCCUUAUUGGGGAAGAUAUAACUGCCGUAGAAAAAAGGGCAAUAGAACUAAAACAGGGUAUUACUGAACGAACUCAAGACUCCUUUAGCCAAGGGGAAAUUACCCAGGCUUAUGAAAAGAUAGAUGGGAUUGUAGAUUUGGCUAAACAGAGAGGGGAAGUGGAGGGGCAAUUGAAAGAAAAAGAAAGGGAAUUAGUAGAGUUGAGAGAGGAAUUAGUAGUUAAAACUCAGGCAGAGGAGGAGUUGAUUAAGGAGUUGGAGCAAAUUAAGCAAGAAAAAGGAGAGUUGGAGGGUAAAUUAAAUGAAUCAGAAACUACUCUAACGGAAACUAGACAGGAGUUGGAUAAGCAACAAGAGUUAGAAUUACAAAUUGAAAUAAAAGCCCAAAGAUUAGAUAAUCAGAUAACUAUUAGCCAAGCCGAGAAGAGGGGAUUAGAAAGGGAGUUGGAUGAAGUGAAAGGGGAAUUGGUUAAGGAGCAAGAGAAGAGUAGGGAGUUAGAAGGGCAGUUGGCGGGUUUGGCAGUAUCUAGUGGUCUCCUAACCCAGCAAGUUGAGAAUUUGACACGGGAAUUAAGUGAAAAAGAACGGGAGGAGGAGAGAAGGAGAUUAGAAACAGAAAUAAAAAGUAAUUUAAUAAGAGAACAAAAUGAGAAAAUUAGUCAACAAACUAAUCAGUUAACUAAUUAUCAAAAUCUUUUAAGAACUGCGGAAAGUAAUCUUAAAAAAGGGCAAGAGUUGUUAAAUAAGAAAGAAAAACAAUUGGAGGAGUUAGAAAAAGAGAAGAAUUUGAUUGGGGAGGAAUUAUCUUUAGCAAGUGGUAAAAUCCAAGAGCUAGAAGCAGCUUUAUUGGGGGCAAAUGGGAAAAUAGGGCAACUGGAAGCCAAAAUAAAGGAACUAGAAAGUAAAGGAGAUAAUUCUGAGGAGUUGGAAAGAUUAAAAAAAGAACUUGCGACCGAGAAGCAAAAGGGUCAGACAGAGAAAUCUAAACAGCAGCAGGAGAUAUCUCGUUUAAAACAAGAAUUAGCCCAGACUAAAUUACGAGAGGAACAAUUAGCCCAAAAGAUUAAGGAACUUGGGGCUAAAAGAGUAAAGGUUCAGGAAGUGGUUGAAAAAAGUUUUUGA